UGGUGAUUAGCGAGCUUUAAAAGCCUGGAUGAAGCGGACUGAAUAGUAUACGAGAAUGUUUCUGUCAGAGCUGUGUUAAUUAAAAUUCCUUUGUUCAGAUUUCCUAGCAGUUACGGACCAGGUCAGCCACGGCAAUGUCAGUUCUCCUGAUUCUUCUGUACGCUGUCUGUCUACUCCUGUUGACAAUUUACUUACAGUUCAGAUGGCAGUACAGACAUAUUCUCGCCACCGCUGCCAAGCUGCCGUGUCCUCCCACCCUCCCCAUCUUCGGCAACGCACUACUCUUCGUCGGUAACAUCGCCGAUGUGACUAAAAAUCUAUUGAAAGUCACUACACAGUUCGAUACCAUGUUCUGCUUUUGGAUAGGCCCAAUUCCUAUUUUCGUAGUAGUGGACCCUGCGGAUAUCCAAAUUCUUUUGAACAGCUCCAGUAUGUUGGAAAAAGAUCACGUUUACUCGCUGAUCAAAAUAUUUUUGGGCAAUAGUCUUCUUCAGGCUCCAGUUCAGAUGUGGAAGAAGUAUAGGAAGCUGAUGAACCCCGUGAUGCAUCCCUCUAAUGUAGAGCACUUCCUUCCGGUCUUCAAUGAAGCGAGUAGGAAGUUAACAGAGCGGUUCUUGGUCAGCUCCUCCCCACCUGCAGAUCCUACUGAUGAGAUUUUUGAAAUGGCCUUGGAUGCUAGCAUAAGGACGAACCUUUCAAGAAAAGUUAUUAUUGAUGAUUUCAAGGAUGUAAAAUCCAUAACUGAUAGUGUGGGCAGAAUAGUCAUCCUACGGGUUUUCAAGGUUUGGUUACAUAUUGAAUGGCUGUUUAAAUUAAUCUACUGGAAGGAGCUGGAGGGAUCUAUCAAAAUUUUGGACAGAUGUAUGAACUUUAUCAAUGAGCUAUGUGAAGAAGAGGAAUCUGUUCGCAAGGAAGGGGUUUCAGAUACAAGUCCAAAUACCGAACGCUUGUCAGGCAUAAACCUGCUGGAUGUAAUGUUUGAAAAUCUGCCAGUAGUAUCAGGUGACCAUGAUUGGAGGGAUGAACUUACAAGUAUGACAAUAAUUGCAUCUGACACAGUUGUUUCAGCUCUGGCUCUUACACUUUUCACCCUAGGACACCACCCGGAAGUCCAGGAAAAGAUAUUCGCGGAGAUCCAGGAAGUAAUGGGAGACCUCGAGCGUGAUGUCACCUAUGCCGACACUAACGCAAUGACGUACUUGGACCAGGUCAUUAUAGAAAACAUUAGGCUACACGGUAGCAUUGUUAUGACCAUGAGACAUGCUGCGAGUGAUACUAAGUUAGCCAGCUGUACUCUACCAGCCGGUAGUCGGGUGGCGCUGAUGCUCCACGCUAUGGGUUGGAACAAAGAACGGUUCCCAAAUCCUGAACAGUUCCAGCCUGAACGGUUCUCUCCGGAACAGAAAAGACUGCGACACAACUACUCUUUCGUGCCGUUCAGCGCUGGCCCCCGCAACUGCAUAGGCAAGGCAUACGCGAUGUUGAUCCUGAAGACAGCCCUGGUCCAUAUCCUGAGACGGGUGCGAGUGACGUCACACACUAAAAUGUCAGACUUAGAGUACGAGCUAAGGGUGGUUAUGUUUAGCAAGACUCCGCUUCUGGUCACGUUUCAUCCGCGAUAGAAACGAUUUUGUUUUAAUCUCUUACAUGGUAAGACUAUAUGAGUUGAAUAUGUAUUUAUUAGUUACUUUUGCAUGAACCUUCACGAAUGUGUUUUUUGUUGUUGUAAUAAUCGAAUCUUAAAUUGAUUAGUUUAUUGUUGUUCUUGUUUUAUUACAUGAUUGAUGUGUUACAAUAUGUAUGAGUUAUAGUUCAAAUAAUUGUUUAUCAAUUAACUGUUUCAAUACACUACUAAUAUUUACUUGAAUCCUUUUUAAAAGGGACUAUCUUCCUGAACGCAUAUCUCCUACAAGUCUACUUUGAUUAUUGUGUAACAUUGUAUGUUUAAAAAAUAAAAAUUUUUGUUAAAAUGCAAAA